AUGUCUCUGCAUCGUGCUUUGGAAUGUCUCGAUGUCAUUGAAGGGAUCUUCCAACGCUUCUCUUCGACUCGAGAGGACCGCCAGACUCUGGCGAGAGCUGCUCGUGUUUGCAAGGCAUUUGCAGAUCCGGCACUAGAUGCUCUGUGGGAAACGCUGGAUGACAUAAUUCCAGCAUUCAGGCUUCUUCCUUCGCUUGCAGUUGUUUUUGAUGAACAUGGGUUUCAAGUUGACGUAACCUUCGGUAUUAUACCUCAAGACGCCUGGGACCGAUUUCAGCAGUAUGCGAGACGUGUCCGCAAGCUGACAGUGAUGUCUCCUGCUAGCGCAUUGAUGGAGGCUCCAAGUCGUCCUCUGGAACAACUCGCUCAACGGGGUGGUGGCCAGGUUGUAUUUCCACGUCUUGAGAGGUUGACAUGGAGACAGGAAUACCUCAGCCGUAGUAACAGGAACAUUCUUCUUUUGAUACCAUCGUCCCUGGAAGCCUUGUCGAUCCAAGGUGUCAUACGCGACUCCGGCGGGGAGACAAGCUGGCAAUGGCUAGAGGCGUCUCAAGAUCUGUUACGAACCAUCUUCUCCAGAGCGCCCCGCCUGCAAGCCUUCGCCAUAUCUGGCAUCGUUCAUCCCCGGGCACUGGUAUCAAUACGCGCUCUCCCAGCUUUGCGUCAAGUCCACAUUGUUUCACGCAUUAUCAAUCUCCAGGCCAUACGAGUACUUGCAUCAUUCCCAUACCUAGUCGAGCUCUCUAUCCAUGCACGUUUCACGAUCCCCGAUAACUCUGGUUGUAUUGGGUUUCCCGUGCUGAAGGACUUAAGUGUCCGGGGCACCCAAAUGGAACACACCCCUGAGCUAGUUAAUAGGUUGCCGUCCAUCGAGCUCACCCAUUUAUUGUCGACUAUCCUUUCCCCAUCGGUCCGUACACUGUCAGCCAACAUACGUGCAGAUGAGGAUGGCCAGCUUGAACCUCUUUUGUCACUAAUAGCCUCAAAGUACCGUUCAUUACGCGUGCUUUCCCUCGAGGUCGACAAUGCUGCCCCGGACACCAGAUCAUUCUCGGGUGUAUUGAGACCACUCGUAUCGUUGCGAGUACUUCGCAUCAUACGUAUCCGUCUCUUGUAUUCGAUGCUGUUGCCAGCCGAACUACUUGUCGACAUGGCGAUGGCUUGGCCUGAAGCAAUCGAAGUAACACUGUUCGCCGAGACACCAUCGAUAGACACUAGCAUCCCAGUCGAUGCGGUGUACGUUCUGACUGAAUUCGCUCGGCUCUGCCCGAAGUUGGAAACCCUCGAGCUGCCUUAUCUUGAUUUCCAGCAUCCCCCUUCGUUAGACACGCUGACCGCCACCAAGGGUCAUGGUCUUCGCUCUCUCGGCGUAAGCGCCUAUUCGAACAUGUCGAUCGAAGACCACGCACAGGUGGCACACUUCGUCGAUACCGUCUUUCCCAAACUAGCCAUCGACAGCCAACUGAAUUGGCUACCACUUGAGGAGGGCUAUGAUUCUAGAAUGAACUGGAAGCGGGUGUUGGAGCUGAUGAAGGAGCUUCGUCGGGAGAGAGAGAGCUCGUCGGGGCAAAUUGGGACACGGAAUUCCCUUGGUGAAUCUAAUAUGUAG